CAGGGAUGGAGCGGUUCCUGGCUCUGAUGCGGCUGCUGAACCGCAGGAGGAGAGGGAGGAGGUACCGGCCCGACGAAGAUUACCAGGAAGGAUACGAAGACGUUUACUACUACAACACACUGAUGAAUGACGGGCCGUACACCAAAUACUCCGGGUCUCGACCACCGGACGGAGCGCUGGCCGUCAGGAGGCAAAGUAUUCCAGACGAGUUCCGGGGCUCCACGCUGGUGGAACUAACCAAGAAGGAGGGGACGACGCUGGGCCUGACGGUGUCCGGGGGCAUCGACAAGGACGGCAAGCCCCGGGUCUCAAACCUGCGCCAGGGAGGCAUCGCUGCCAGGAGCGACCAGCUGAACGUGGGCGACUACAUCCGCUCCGUCAACGGCAUCAACCUGUCCAAGUUCAGACACGACGAGAUCAUCAGCCUGCUGAAGAACGUGGGGGAGCGGGUGGUGAUGGAGGUGGAAUACGAGCUCCCGCCUGUCUCCGUCCAGGGAUCCGGGCUGGUCUUCAAGAACGUGGAGGUCACGCUGCACAAGGAAGGAAACAGCUUCGGCUUCGUCAUCCGAGGUGGAGCCCACGAGGACAGGAACAAGUCCCGCCCCAUCGUCGUGACGACCACCAGGCCAGGAGGGCCGGCUGACAGGGAGGGAACCAUCAAGCCCGGGGACCGGCUGCUGAGCAUCGACGGGAUCCGUCUCCAUGGCAACACGCUGGCCGAGGCCUCCAGCAUCCUGAAGCAGUGUGGACAGGAAGCUACGCUGCUGGUGGAGUACGACGUGUCCGUCAUGGACUCUGUGUCCUCGGCCUCCGGCCCGCUGCUGGUGGAGGUUGCCAAGGCAACGGGCUGCAGUCUGGGCCUGGCUCUGUCCACGUCCAUGUUCCUCAGCAAGCAGGUGAUCGUCAUCGACAAGGUGAAGCCGGCGAGCAUCGCAGACCGGUGUGGAGCCCUCCAUGCCGGCGAUCACAUCCUGUCCGUGGAUGGAAAGUCGAUGGAGUUUUGUUCUCUGGCUGAAGCGACUCAGCUGCUUUCAGCGACAUGUCAGACGGUCCGGCUGGAGAUCCUGCCCCAGCACCAGGCCCUGAACGCACCGCAGUCAGUCAAGGUGCAGCGUAGUCCCCGCCCCCUCCCCUGGGAGACCGGAGGCUCCGCCCCCAUCCUCCCCCCCUACCACUACAACACCUACCACCCCGACCAAUCAGGAGCCAGAUCCCACAGCCGGCACGCCACCAACCCUCCCCUCAGCCACUCGUUCUCCCCCGGGUCCAUGUCGGCCUACAGCCUCUCGUCCCUGAACAUGAGCAGUCUUCCCAGGAACGCUUAUCCCACCAGCCCUCGCAGCUCCAUGAUGAGGAGGAAGAACCGGAAAAAAGACUUCAAGAGUUCCUGUAAUGUCUCCUUGUCCCCCCAGUGUCCCCUGGCCUCCAGCACCGUGGGUCUGGCGGGACAGGUCGUCCACACGGAGACCACGGAGGUUCUGUUGCUAGGAGACGGGAUUAUGGGGUUUGGGCUGCAGCUUCAGGGUGGCGUCUUCGCUACGGAGACGUUGUCCUCCCCCCCGCUGAUCGCCUACAUCGACCCGGACAGCCCGGCCGAGAGGUGCGGGAUCAUGCAGAUCGGGGACAGAAUCUUGUCCAUCAACGGCGUCCCGACCGAAGACUCCACUCUGGAGGAAACGAACCAGCUGCUCCGGGACUCGUCCAUCACGGCCCGGCUCACGCUGGACAUUGAGUUCGACGUGGCUGAAUCCGUCAUCCCCAGUUCUGGAACGUUCCACGUGAAGCUGCCAAAGAAACCUGGAGUGGAGCUGGGGAUCACCAUCAGCUCUCCGUCCAACAGGAAACCAGGGGACCCGCUGAUCAUCUCCGACAUCAAGAAGGGCAGCGUCGCGCACAGGACAGGGACGUUGGAGCUGGGGGACAAGCUGCUGGCCAUCGAUAACGUCCGGGUGGAGAGCUGCUCCAUGGAGGAAGCCGUCCAGAUCCUGCAGCAGUGUGAGGAGCUGGUCAAACUCAAGAUCCGCAAAGACGAAGACAACUCAGAUGAACAGGAAGUGUCCGGCAGCAUCAUCUACACCGUGGAGCUGCAGCGGUACGGAGGUCCGUUGGGAAUCACCAUCUCCGGCACCGAGGAGCCGUUUGACCCGAUUAUCAUCUCCUCCCUGACCAAGGGAGGGCUGGCCGAGAGGACCGGAGCCAUCCAUGUGGGGGAUCGGAUCCUGGCCAUCAACAGCAGCAGCUUGAAGGGGAAGCCGCUGAGCGAAGCCAUCAGCCUUCUGCAACAGGCCGGAGAAACCGUCACCCUGAAGAUCAAGAAGCAGGGAGAGCUGUCCAGCCCCAAGUCCUGUGUGGUGGGUCCAGGUCUGGGUCUGGGUCUGGGGCCGGGGUUCCGCCAGGAGAACCCAGACGGGGAGGAAGAGCCGAUCGUCAUGGUGGCGCCUCCAGCCAACCAGAGAGCCUUCAGCACGCUGCCGUCGGUGGACGGAGCUGUGGACUCGUGGGACGGAUCCAACAUGGAGGGCAGUUUCAGCACCCCAGCUCCACCGUUCCAGUCGUCUCCCUACACCUUCCACGAGUGGAGAAACGUCAAGAUCAGCAACAUCCAACCUGCUGCUCGCCAGAGAACCAAUCAGCUGUCAGACCAGAGAACCAAUCAGCUGUCAGACCUGAGUGAUGACGACUGGGACCGGCCGCCGCCGGGGGGCGGCUCUAGAUUACCGACCGGGCUGAUCUCUGACAGCAGGUUCUCUGUAGGACAUGACGGGACCGACCCGGAGCAGGAGGAGAACUUCUGGUCUCAGGCUCUGGAGGAUCUGGAGACGUGUGGCCAGAGCGGCAUCCUGCGGGAGCUGGAGGAGUCUGGGAAGGAGAUGCAGCUGGUCCCUCUGGCGACCAUCAUGUCGGGCUCCACCCUCAGUCUGAACCACGACCCGACCCCCCAGCGCAGCACCCUGGGCCGGCAAGCUAGUUUCCAGGAACGCAGCAACUCCAAACCCCAGGUGACCCCUCGCUCCAACACUCUGCCCUCGGACCCGCAACGCCGGGCGUUUGCCAUGAGGAAGAUGAAGCAGGAAGUCAACGACAUCUUAAACCAGAACCCUGUGGAACUCCACAAGCUCACGCUGGAGAAGGACUCGGACCUGGAGGACUUCGGUUUCAGUGUUUCUGACGGUUUGUUGGACCGCGGCGUCUACGUUAACAACAUCCGGCCCGGAGGCCCGGCGGACCGCGGUGGCCUCCGGGCCUACGACCGGAUACUGCAGAUCAACCACGUCCGGACCCGGGACUUCGACUGCUGCCUCGUCGUUCCUCUGAUCGCUGAGUCUCCAAACCGGUUAGAGCUGGUUAUCAGCCGGAACCCCAGCUCUUCCUGCUGCUCCUCCCCGCUGGCCAAUCACAACGAUGGAACCACCAACCACCACUCCCCUCAGCCAAUCAGCAGCCACUCCCCUCAGCCAAUCAGCAGCGACGCCGGACGCUCGGACUCCUCAGGCGACCAGGGAGAAGACGACGGUCCAAUCAAGUGGAGCCAACCCGGAGACGGCUUGGGGGCGGGGCUUGAGGGGCAGCUUAUCAAUAAUUCCUUAUAGCAGACCGAAACUGUUUCAAACUGGAUUGAGCCGGUUGAGACCGGACUGGGAGGAGAAUCCUGCUACACUGUUUUAAACUGGUUUAAAUGUGUAUAAACUGGUUAACGUGGACGGAGCUGCAGAUGUUUGACCUGAAAGCACACGGACUGAAAUACUCCUCACACUUUCACUGGAUCCAGUUAUGGAACCAGAACUGUAAUUAUUGUCCGGUACCAGCGGUACCAGCGGUACCAGCGGUACCAACUAAACGGGUCCAGGAAGAGUCUGUGGUGUCGACACACUGGAGACAAACCGUUCAGGUUUCAAUGAAACCAGUCGGACAAACGAGGGUCCAGUCGUCCAGAAUGAUUGUGGUUCUGGUUCCAGAAGAACUGGAGCUGGAGUCACACUGGUUCUGGUCGUGGUGGUAAAAUGAACCAGUACCUACCCGGUCCAGGACCCGGUUCUGUUCCAGGACCUCGGUUUACCUGGUGUUUCUGGGACCAGAGUCCCGGCUACUGGUCAUACUGGUCCAGAAGUUUUAGUCUUAAUGGUUCCUGGUUCUGCUGAACCCAAGUCCCACUAGUGGUCUUACUGGUCCCAGGCCUGGUUCUGG